AGAGUGGGUGGGGGGAGAGCUCGGCCUCCCUUCUCCGGAUUGGUGGAAACGCGAGGAAGGGGGCGGGGCCGCACCUACUUCUCUGCCGCCUGGGCGUGCUGCGUCCUGGCGGGCAAGAUGUCGGCUUCGAGGGUUCCGGAGCUGAAGCAGAUCAGCCGCGGGGAGGCUAUGCGUCUCGGGCCCGGCUGGAGCCACUCUUGCCACGCCAUGCUGUACGCAGCCAAUCCCGGACAGUUGUUCGGGCGGAUCCCUAUGCGCUUCUCGGUUCUGAUGCAGAUGCGCUUUGAUGGGCUCCUGGGCUUCCCUGGGGGGUUUGUGGAUCGUCGGUACUGGUCCCUGGAAGACGGGCUAAAUCGGGUGCUGGGCUUAGGCUUGGGCUACCUCCGCCUCACGGAAGCCGACUACCUGAGCUCCCACCUGACGGAGGGGCCGCACCGUGUCGUGGCCCACCUGUACGCCAGGCAGCUCACCCUGGAGGAGCUGCACGCCGUGGAGAUCAGCGCCGUGCACUCCCGGGAUCACGGGCUGGAGGUGCUGGGCCUGGUCCGGGUUCCCCUGUACACCCAGAAGGAUCGAGUUGGUGGGUUCCCCAACUUCCUUAGCAAUGCCUUCAUCAGCACUGCCAAGCACCAGCUGCUCUUUGCCCUGAAGGUGCUGAACAUGAUGCCUGAGGAUAAGCUGGCAGAGGCCUUGGCUGCUGCUACUGAGAAACAGAAAAAGGCCUUGGAGCAACAGCAGACAGCUUCAUCAUGAAGCCAUACAACCUCCAUCCCUUAGGCUAGGUUUUCUCUCCUUAUCUCUUUUCCCUGCCCCAUCUUUUUUCCAAAUUUUAUAUGCCCCAGGGGCUGAGAAAAGACAAGAUAAUUCAUUAGAGGUGUGGGGUUUCUCCCGGUUUCCCUCCUAGGACUGAAAAGGAGUGCCUUUCAUUCCUGUCUUCAACCUGUGCACAGUCCCCUUUUCUUUGGCCUCAUUGCAAAGCAGCAGCAGCAGCCCGGGCUGGCACUUCAGGUUUGUUUAGAGGGGUACCUAAAGGUCACAGGGUAAGGAGCAGCACCCAUCCAAGGUUUUGAGUGACCCAUUUAUUAGCACUAGCUUAAAUGUUUGGCCUUUGGGGUCAAGGUCAAGACCUUAACAUUUCUCUGCAUGAAUCUUUUGUUUAAGGGGGCAGUUGUCAGUUUGGUUCAGGCCCCAGAAAUAAGGGUGUUCUGGUUAAAAAGGUUCCUUAAUUCUUGAGGAUGCUUUUGGUUACAUUGACAUAUUCCUGCUUGUUCCAUUUCCUCAGCCCAAAGAGAGAAGGAAUCAAGGUUUUGGUGGGAUGUGGCUGGGGCUUUUUUGGUUCUCCUUAUUUUGAAAUUGUUAGGUUUUCUACUCAUGUGGUAUAUGGGAUUUUACAGUAACUUUUACCUUGCCUCUGCCUGUUUUGAAAGAGCUUGGGAAGUUUAGCCUGACUAGGGUGGAUAGGGGAUGCUCCUUCCCUGGGAAGACUGGGAAAGGGCUAGGUUUUUGUGCGUGUGUGUGUGUGUGUGUGUGUGUGUGUGUGUGUGUGUGUGUGAAAGAGUGUAUGAGUGUAUGUAUGUGUGUGUGUGUGCAAGCAAGCGCGCGUGUGUGUGUGUGCAUGCUUCCUCAAGUGCAAAUCUUAGCAGGAAAGAAAAAUAAAGUAGCUUGACAGCUCUUUGGUGUGGCCCUCCUUUUAUCUCUAGCAGAGGGGAUGCUAGAGUCCCCAUCCCUGGGAUCCUGGCACUGUUCCUAGCUGAGAGUGCCAAAGAUUAAAGGAUAAGUGUGAGAUGCUAUGUUUUCUUAGGAGUGGACUAGGUGGUCAUCACUGAGCCGUCCACAUCCUUUCAGAUCCCUGGAAGUGUAUUUUUAAGAAAGCUGACUAGGACUUGGUGGGGGAGGGGAUGGGUGCGCAGUAUAGCUUAGGACUUUCAGACUGUUCAGAGCUGGCUGUAUCAAACUUGUGACCCUGGCCUUAUUAAUACCAUGUUCUAUCAGGUGAAAUAACGCUGACUCUGGGACACUGACUUAGGUCACAAAGAAGUAAAGGUUCUGUUGUCUUACGGUUUUGAGUAGGAAGAAGUAGGACCUGGGCUGUGCUCGUACAUUCCCUGGCUUACGAGAAGUCGAGUGCUAGGUUCAGGACAUUUUAAGAGGGUUAUGGUAUAGUUCUGACAUUUCUGCAUGCCUGGCAAUCUUAAUGACUUCUGUAUUGGACUUUGAAGGUAUCUGUUAAUUAAAUCUUAGGCUUCCUUUCCUGACCAAGCUGAAAAGAAGGGGACUAGCCAGAGCUGUUGUGGCUGAUGUGUGUGUGUUAGGCCAGUGACCAUCAGCUUUUCUGUGGUUAUAACACUCUUACUAGUUUUAGAACGUUUCUUCUACCUCCCCUUCCCCCUCGCACUUACAAACAAACCCAAAUCCUACAAACUGUUAUGUACCUUACUUAUUUUUUAAGUUGUAAAAUCUAAUUCUUGAAUGAGUGAAGAAGGGAGUGACUGAGCUUGCAGAAAAUGGCUUAAGGAAUCACUGCACUGGGCAGGUGCCAAGUGCAAAAUAAGGCUAGAAGAAUUGAUCACUUAGGGAACUGAGCAAAAUAGGGCCCCAGCUAAGGUGAUUCAGAAAGCACAAGCAGAGGGACUUUCAGCCCUGUGUCAUUUAUUGGGCAAUGUGACCUAGACUAAAAGGAAAGUCAUGUGGCCCCAACAAAGUAUCCAUUUUGUUCUCUUGUCUUGUAAAGAAAGACAACUGAUUUUUCCUAGGACAUUGGUAGGAGACGUACAACUCAGGAAAUUUUCUCUGGUGGGGAAGGAUAAAUCCAAAGUAAUGACAGUUACUAGGAAGCUGCAGCAGGCAUGGCUGGUGAGGGCAUCCUCUGUUACUUCCCCAAAAAUAAUGGUAGCCCCAACUGAGAGAAAUACUUGUUUUGUGUAACUAAGUACCCCAAAUGGGAGCUAACCUAUGUGGGAGCAGAAAACAGCCAUGAUGAGUUUUCACAUGUGGUAAGGGAUAAGGAACACAGGGGUAGGUAGGUGGCAUGUAUCACAUGCCAAGAACCACAAAAAUAUAAGGACAGGUGCUAGGGUUGGACUAAUAGGUUCACAAAGAGACUCAGGGCUGACAGUAUUUAUUGUUAACCUUGGUAACCUAUUGGUAACCUUGAAGCUAUAGGACACUAUGAACAUAGCUCCAAGUUCACAUCUUUUCUCAUUAUUCCCUUUAAAAGACUGACAUUUAGUUUUGAAGAAAUCCAGUUCUCUGAGACCCUGAACACAUCCUUAGGGUUUGGUUUAGCUCACUCUGGGUUGUAUGGGCAAAUCACUGUGACUAUAUGAUCAUCAUAUGCAACCUCAGUCUGGGGUGGGGGUGGGGCAGCGUUUAUGAGAUCUGGGCCAAGAGAGAGAAAGCCUCAGGGCUGACAGAAUUUAUAAGUUUUGUGAAAAAAAAAAUUGGCAGUCCUAUCUGCUGACUUAAUAUACAAAAUAAUUCUCCUUGGACACCUGCAUGUUCUUUGCCAACCUAAUCAAGCCAUGUAGUUGGUAGUAAUUAAAAGACUAUGGUUAGUCUCCUAUAGGUUGCAAGGAUUUCCCUCCGUGUGCCUCUCAGGGGCUCUUCUAUCGCACUGACAAAAGUAAAGGGUGGUCACUGUACAAGCUGGGUAACAGGACUUUGUAGGGAUUCAUCUUGGGCUCAGAGAUCAAGACUUAUUUGCAAAAAAAAAAAAAAGUCUAGGGCUUAAAUGGACAAAACCAGUGCUUUAAAUAGUUUGGAUUUUCAGCCUCCCCUCAAGGUACACGUACCUCCCCACCACUCAGUCCAGCCUGGGAUAUCUAUCAGCCUGGAAGACAGCCCUUCUACUUCUUGUUUAAAGAAUCUGGGACUCCACACAUACCAGCUCUAAAAGAGGGCUGUGGCCCUGGAACACCAUCUGCCUAAAGGGAACCAUUAGAAACCUGGUGUGGUAGUUGGUCAGCACAGUGGCUGGCACCAUUAAGUUGGAUCCCUGCAGAGGAUGGGGGGAGUGCCAGCAGGUCCAUGGGGAACUGUUGCUGGAAAAUUUGUUCUUAAGAGUCAAAAUGUAACAGUGAAUCCGCUGACAAACUCAAGUUUUAUUUUACAGAAAACAAAGGAAAAUCCAGAUCUGGGUCCCUGUGUUAGUACCCAAACUAAAGCCCAAGUAGCCACCUGCUGUGGGAAAAUAAAUGCUUCAUAGCAGCCAUCUGCAUCUAGGAUUUGUCUUUGUGCUGCAGGAAUGUAUCUGGACUCUAAGUCUGAGAAGGAAGCCCACAACUGAGACAUUCAUGUGCCCUUUGAUAGGCUCUCCUUCAUCUGCUGCACCUUGUUCUUCUUCAGUGCUCACAACUGAUACGCCCUCCCUCAGUGGGUGGGGCCUGCUCUCUGGCCUGAGGAUGGCCUUGUUUCCUGGGGUCCCACCACCCCCCUCACGGUGUUGCAAAUAGAGAGGGAUGGACUCUUGGCCCCAACCCACUUAUUCUUCCAGGCACACAGUUUCAGGGUGGAGUGGUCACCCGACGUCAAUUUCUGGAAAGCAAGUUGACGAUGAUAUAGGUCUAUGCCAAACCAAAAUAAUUAACACAUGUCUAUACAUUCAGAUUACAAGAGAAGUCUCAACCUGUCUAACUUUUCUCUCCCCUUCUGGUGCAAUUUGACCCUUUAAAAGGGUCCCUAAAACUACAGGGUCCCUUUUUACAACUGGCUUGUUAACUUUAAAAAACUGAAACAAUAAAAACCCUGUCAGCUGAAUGAGUCCAAACGAUUCAACUUCACACCUUUCUGUUCCGGUGUAAAGACAUGACCUGUCUGGGUUUUACUUGGAGCUUCAACACUCACCAUCAUGUUCUAUGGUUCUCUCCAAUUCUGCUUCCCAUUUAGGACUUGCAGCUUUUCUAGGCUCUGGUUCAUGGAACACAGAGCUUUCCCUAGAGAGAGAAAUUUAUUUUGUUUUUUUAUUCCUUAAACCAAUAAGAAAAGAAUUUUUCACAGGGCACAGUGGGCCCCACGUGUAUCCUUCUAGAUGAAAGGCUAAAAUGUGAUGCUAAGUGUAUAAAAUAGUAACUUCCAAUUUUGUAGUAGAAGACUACACAGUGCCUCCUCAGAUUUGCUAGGUGCCCCUGGUGACACCCAAGUCCACUGCUCUUGCUCUUUCACCAAGUGGGGUUGGUACCACUUAAAAGUGAGUGGACAGAAAAAGUACUUCCAAGGAUGACAUCCCUAGGUAAGGUAUACAACAGAACUUCUGGAGAUGAGCUUAGUCUCCAGAGCUGCCCUCAAUGUCUCUGGACGUAGGUGGUACUGUGGUUAGAGCAAUAAUGAUACUUAGAAGGUUGUUGUGAGGAUCAUUGGAGAACAGUGUGCAAACGUUAUAUAAGCUCUAUAAACACUAGGUGCUGUUAUAAUUACAACUUUACUACAUAAAGCCCUCGUACAUUGUAAUCAAGUUUACUGCUGUAGCACCCUUCAGAGAUGGCCACUGUCAACGUUCGGUAGAGUGUACCAUAGAACUUAGAUUGUGAACUUAGAGACAAAAAGCUUUAAAUAUCUGAACAAAAAAACCCUUGUACUAUUUUGACAGUGUCCCUUUUAUAUAAUUAAAGAGUUGGUUUUAAUGUGGA